GAGAGAGACAGAGAGAGAGAGAUUUUAUAACUGUUGUCUCUCCUCGUCCGUCAUUAUAUUCAAACAUCCUGUCCUCCCUCUCCCUCCGUCAGUCAUGCUGUCCGUAGUGGUAGAGCACAUCUUCCUCCUGGUCCUCGUCACCCUCAUCAGUGUCCUGCAGAAUGCUUUCUUUGCAACAAAGGUAGAGAGGGAGGGUAAAGAGCACCAUGCCAACACUUCUGCUUUUGAGAGAAAUCGUAACUGCAUGGAUUCCUACCCAACCUUCCUGGCUGUAAUGUGGUGUGCUGGGCUGUGUCUCAACCAAGCUCCUGCUGCGUUCGCAGGGCUCGUCUACCUGGUGGCCAGACAGAAGUACUUUGUUGGGUAUAUGGGUCAGACAUCUCAGAUGACUCCUGGCUCCCUGUUUGGGAAACGUGUCCUGUCCUUCCUGUUCCUGAAGUGCAUUGUGGGUAUCUUCAACCUCCUGCUGGUGCGUUGCUUCGGCAACGACCUUAAAGACACCGUGGAGACCAUCGCCACGGCAGCCUCCGCUCUACUCCUCAUUCCCUGAACGCGCGCGUGUGUGUGUGUGUGUGUGUGUGUGUGUGUGUGUGUUUGUGUGUGUGUGUGUGUGUGUUUGUGUGUGUUUGAUGUACUAUGGCAGGGACUAUAAAGUCUAUGUCCAGUGCUUUGCGCACGGCAUGGGCAAGUCAGUAUAUGAGUUGCGAUGGUUGAUUCAAUGUGGUGAAAAUGGCCUCUUCUGUGCUCAAUCAUUUCACGUUAUAUUUUUUUUGAGAAAGAAAAAAACUUUUUUAUUUGAG